GGGUGUUCCAGUAUAUAGGAAAGGCCGAGUGCCACUUCAUCAACGGCACCGAGCGGGUGAGGUACGUGGAGAGGCACAUCUACAACCGGGAGCAGCUCAUGCACUUCAACAGCGAUGUGGGGGUGUUUGUUGGGGACACCCCGUAUGGGGAGAUCCAGGCCAGGUACUGGAACAGCGACCCGGAAUUCCUGGAGUACCAACGGGGUGAGGUGGACAGGUUCUGCCGGCACAACUACGAGCUUGGUGCCCCAUUCAGCGUGGAGAGGAGAGUGCCCCCC